UCUGCUCUCUGAUUCCCCGUAGCGAUCAGUCGGAGCGCUACAUGUGUCAGUUUCGUUACUGUGUUUAUUUCUCGGCUCAAUGUAGAAGUUUUUUUUUUAUUUAAUUUUUUAUUUAAUCGUUUUUUUCCCAAUGCCUACCAGCGCACACACAGACUCCCACAGCCGCAUGCACUGGUAGUCCACACUACACUCACCCAGCACAGACACGGUGCACACGCCUGAUAUAUGCACUAGAGCGGGUCAUUUCAGGUUAAACUGGCGCUGUGUCCCGUCCAGUGGAACCGACGGAGAUCACCACUGGUUCCAGUUGAGGAGGAAUGCACAUGCACUGGGACUCCAAGUAAUAUUGGAUAGGAGCUUCGUCUUGCAUAUGCGGUGUUUCUUUCGGGGAGCUCAGCAGCUCCUCAGCGCUGCCUGGAGUCAGACUUCACCACUUCCUCUGCUAGGUAGGUACCCAGAUGUCUGAGGAGGCUCUGAGGAUGACGUCUUGGCCUUGAACCCCACCAGUAUGUCAGAGCCAGCAGAAAAUUGCUCCCCCGGCUGGAAAGAUGAGGCCAUUCAAAAUGGGUACAUUCCAAGCUACCUAGACAAGGAUGAGCUAUGUGUAGUGUGCGGGGACAAAGCCACGGGCUAUCACUAUCGCUGCAUUACCUGUGAAGGUUGCAAGGGUUUCUUCAGGCGGACAAUCCAGAAGAAUCUCAACCCGACCUACGCUUGUAAGUACGAGGGGAAAUGUGUCAUCGACAAAGUGACCAGAAACCAGUGCCAGGAAUGUCGCUUCAAGAAGUGCAUCGUGGUGGGAAUGGCGACCGACUUGGUGUUGGACGACAGCAAGAGGCUAGCCAAGCGGAAACUAAUCGAGGAGAACCGGGAGCGUCGUCGGAAGGAGGAGCUCCAGAAGACGGUGUUGGACCGACAGGAGCCCACGCAGGAGGAGUGGGACCUCAUCCGCAUGGUGACGGAGGCCCAUAUGUCCACGAACGCGCAGGGAAACCACUGGAAGCAGAAACGGAAAUUCCUGAGUGCAGCGGGGGUGAAGGAAACUAAGCCCGAGGAUAUUGGUCAAGCAUCCAUGGUCAAUACGCCUGAAGGAAACAAAGUGGAUAUAGAAGCCUUCAGUCAGUUUACAAAAAUUAUCACCCCUGCCAUAACCCGAGUGGUGGACUUUGCCAAAAAACUGCCAAUGUUUUGUGAGCUGCCUUGUGAAGACCAGAUCAUCCUGUUGAAAGGCUGCUGCAUGGAGAUCAUGUCACUGCGAGCUGCCGUUCGCUAUGAUUCGGAGAGCGAGACCCUCACGCUCAACGGCGAGAUGGCAGUCACGCGAGGUCAGCUUAAGAACGGAGGAUUGGGCGUAGUGUCUGAUGCCAUCUUUGACCUUGGCGUGUCGCUCUCCUCCUUCAACUUGGAUGAUUCGGAGGUGGCUCUCCUACAGGCGGUCAUCCUGCUUUCAUCUGAUCGGCCAGGCCUGAGUAACGUGGAGCAAAUCGAACGCUGCCAGGAGGAGUUCCUGCUGGCCUUUGAACAUUACAUCAACUACCGCAAACACAAAGUGGCACAUUUCUGGCCCAAGCUGCUAAUGAAGGUGACGGACCUGAGGAUGAUCGGCGCCUGCCACGCCAGCCGAUUCCUUCACAUGAAAGUGGAGUGUCCCACCGAGCUAUUCCCUCCUCUCUUCCUGGAGGUCUUCGAGGACUGACCAAUGGAUUUUAGUAUAUAUGUGUGUGCGUGUGUGCGUGCAUGUAUGUGUGUGUGUAUGUAUGUGUGUGCAUACGUCAGCGCCUGGGUCACCCUGGUGGUUUCAGGGGUGGAACCAGCAGAAGGCCCGUCACAAUGAACCUUCUAUUAGCACUACUGAGUGUCACUUCAUUCCAUAGAUUAGGAGUAGCUCUCUGGUGUAGUUUUGGAUGCAACCAUUCCUUACAGUGCGGGUACAUGUGAAUAGCAUUUUGUUUCUUUUAUUUUGGUUUGUUUUGUUGUUGUCAUUGUUGUGGAUAUAACCUCUCACCUCGGAUUUUAUUAUAGUUUUUUUUUGAUGAUUGUACAGUUGGCAUAAUGGUGAUUUUAUCAGCACUUGCUCAUUCAUUAGAAACCAUACAAAUGUUGUAUUUUCCUAACUUUAUGUUGAAAAACGAAAAAUGGCUGCUCACCUGAUUCUCAUUGUCAGAGACCCGGCAGCCUUUCUCCCACCUACUCGACUUUAUUGGACCCAUUUGUUGGUCAUAUGGUGAGUCAUCCACAUGGUGAGUGUCUGAACUGUGCCUCACCAUCUUACUGUGACCUGACCCGUUAACAGCAACACUCACCCUCAUGGACAACAGCACACAGGCCUUUAUUAAGAAGCCACACAUCACAACGUUAAGUGGUAAUGCGGCGUUCCAGAAAUGUCGGAAAAAUCAGAAUUUGCAACAGAACAGAAACUCAAGGCAGAGCUCCGAUAAGGAAACCUGGGUAAGAUCUUGCUACAAUACCUUUUCUGAGUCAACAUUAUUUAAUGUCACAUUUAAGUGGCAGCAUACACAUUUAACACUACACAACAAUACUGUUUGAAAUCCUCAAAACCCACAGUAUUAGCAUAAUCCUGUCCAAUACCAGUUUCCUGUAGGUAGCUAAACAUGGAUGUUUGAAUGUGAAGCCUUGCAAACGUUGCUAAAUAUCAUAGACAACUUUAGCUGAUGCACUAAAACACAUUCGCCAUUUAAAAAAACAUCCAAUUUCUUUGAUUUAUUUUUGGAAAUGUAUGAAUUCUAGGUCACUUUGGACAAAAAAAGCAUCUGCCAAAUGACUGUAAACAAUGUUUAUCUGACACUCUGAAUAUGCAAGAAGGAUUUGUAAUUUUUUUUAAGUAAACAGCAUAGCUUUGACGCAUUGUAUGUUCUCAUUUGUAGAAAACGUCCAACCAAACUAAAAAAAUCUGGUAAUUCAAUCACCACUUAAUGGACAAAGCAUAUCUUCAAGGUUCUGAAAUGAUCAGGUCCACAUAACAGUUUUUCUGAAUUGAGGAGUAGAUGCUAACGGAGUAAACGAUUCAUAUUCUAGGAAAUGUUUAUGUUCACCAAUCAAAGAGAUAGAGACUGCAUGUCUAUAACGCACAUAUGUGACAUUGUUUUGAUUGUUUGGGCUUUUUAUUUAACAAAUGCAGAUCUGCAAAAAAUGACAUUUAUUCUAUGAAUUAUGUUAUAUUGAAUGUAAUCUCUUUGGAUUUUAAAGGAUUGGUUGGACAAACAAAACAAUCCUAACCCUUUAGGAGAUUGUGUUAGGCAUUUUUCCCCUUUUUCUUUGGAUAUUUUGUGAAACGAUGAUUAAUGGAGAAGAAUCAGUGCAUUAAUUGAUAAUUAAUUUAAUAGUUAGUUGAAUCCUAAACAAAACGAAAUUUUAUAAGCAGAAUGACAGAACUAUUGAUCCAUCGCCCUAAUACUCUGUCGUAGCUGCGUUUAAAAAUAAUAACAAAAUUCUUGCUUUUGUAAAUUCUUUUUGCCUUUAUUUUAACAGACAACCAUAGAAACACACAACUGUUGUAAAUUCCAGCCUACCUGCUGGUGAUUCAGACUUCCGACAUUUAAAGGAACGCAGCAGGAGUAUUAAAAUGAGCCUGUUCAUCAUUACCAGAGACCUGGGUCAGGACUAACUAAAGCACAUAAUGACACUGAUGUCAAGAAAAGACAAUCAUAUAGUACUUGUUUUUGUGUAACAAUGCCACAUGCUGUGCCAAAAUCAAGUAAAUGAUUCCCUCCUUAUUGAAUCCCUGCUGUGCUUGACCGGUUAUGCUAGUUGGUUCAUGCAGCUCACACAGUCUUACCCCUGACUUGUGUUUUAGUCCAUGAUCGCAGCUUCUACAGAAGAGUUUUAUGUGAUUCAUCUCGGCCAAGUUUCCUCACUAGUCCCACAUCCAAUGAAUUAAACUCCCUGAAAACGGGGCACUGUAUGAUAAAACAGUGAUGUCAUGGUGCUAUGGUGAGUUGGUGAAUUCGCUGAUUGAACUGUAUUGUUAUUUACAUGCAGGAAUGAACAUUAUCUGUUUGUAUAGCAGCCCACUACCCGCUUAUGAUGGCAUGCAUAUACUGUACACUAACACACAAACAUGUACAUAUACAGUGAAAACAGUAUACCUGUACACAUACUGUACACAUGCACAUGUAUGUAUGUGCAUAACACAUGGGUCAGACACCACCACUGUGACAAACCAGUGGGAUCUGGAGGCCCAAAAAAAAAACAGUAUGAUUCUUCAUCAGCAAGGUACAGUGAGAAAGCUGGUGAGAGUGUGAAAACGUAGAGCUCUUUCCUUUCUCUUAUUUCAGCCGGUAUGUUCUUUUCUUUUUUUUGUUGUUGUUCUAAAAGCCUCUCUAUGGUAUUGUCGUUUGCAUUGUGACAAACAGUUGCUCUGUAAAUCUCGCUUUUCUCAAGCUUCACACUA